AUGAGGAAAUACUCAGCUGGCAAGCAGUGGGAAGAUCUCAACAGGAAGCGACAGGAGGCGGAGAAUGAGGAACUAGAAGCGCGAAGGACUGCAGCAAACCAAGCAGUGAGAGCCCAAGUUGCAGGUCUGCCUAGCUUGACAUCGUGGAACGCCACUCUGUCGGUCGGUAGGCCGCAGUAUUACCAAGACAGAGGAUCGAGGUUUUAUAGAAGCCAAAAGGAUGCGACUGAGCUCGAAGCCCAAGACGAUCCCCCACCCCAGUACCAGCAACAAGCCUCACUCACUCCUCCGGCCUCCGACGGGGACGCUCCCGAAGUGGACAACAACGAGCAAAUCAGAUACUUGCAAAGAGAGGUUGUACAAAAGGAAAGCAGAAUCAAAAGGCUUGAGUCCGAGGUUGAAGUCGAGAAGGGCAAGAGACGGCGCCUACAAGCUGAGCGCCACGAAGCAGUAGACGCGCAACGGAGAGCAGAAGCCGAGCUCUGCCUGUUGAGAAGUCAAGUAGCAAACCUCGACCAGUUACUCGACGGUUCGAUCAAAAGGCAGAAAGAGUUGGAAAGCGAACUAGAUAUCUGCAGACAAGAAGCCAGAGAGUUGAAGUGGCAAUUGCACGAGGAGCGGUGCAGCCACGAAAGCGAUAUCAGGGCACAAGAGACGCGGGAGACGCAGAUCAGGCACCGAUUCGAGGAUACAAAUCGCGCGCCGGAGAAUCAGAUCGGAAGGGGUCGACGCCCCGACCCGGAUGUGGGAUCGAUUCUGGAGGAUACGGUACAAAAUGCACCGAGCCGAUCUCGAAGGCAAGAUAGAGGCACGGCGGGAAGGGCGUACGUCAGUAUACCGAAGAAUGGGAACCGUCGCGCUGUGUGGAUCUUUGGCUGA